AUGGCGUCCUCUCUCGCUGCGCAAUUGGCGCAGAUUGCCGCCAACUCGAAGGCCUCCUUGGACGUCAAGGCGCAAAAAGCUGCCCACUCCAAGUCUCUGAUCUUCGAGCCAAGAGUUGCGGCGACGCAAAGUUACCACACGCUUUACACGAUAUGUUUAGAAGGCUUCGAGGAGCUGUGUGAACUCGACGGCCGAUUCAAGUCUUUCGCCCUCACGCUAUUCAGCGAGCAAAGCCAGAGCGAAGACCGAACGCAGAUGACAGCAGCUGAAAAUGAGGAGUUGGAUAAGAAAGUAGAGUCUUUCCUGCGCCUUGUUGGCAGCAGGCUGCGCCUGAUGCCUGCGAUCAGAGCCCUGGAGUGGUUGGUGAGAAGAUUCCGAAUCCACGAAUACAACACCCGAUCCCUCAUCACGACCUUCCUUCCGUACCACUCGAUCCCCGCUUUCGUUACCGUACUCUCGAUUUUGCCCUCUCAGAUCCCGCAAGAAUAUCGAUUCUUGAGCCCGUACAUUAAGUCUCUGACUUGUCCUCCCCGAUCCGUUCUGGUCCACGAGUCGAUUCACAAGUUUGCCUUCCUCGAGACCCUCUCCGAAUACACGCUCGAGGCUUGCAGGAAUCUGCAACAAUACCCGACUUUGGUGUCUUUCUGGGGUGGUAUCAUGACUGAGGCAGUCAAUGGUAUGCUUGAGAAUAUGCGAUCCGGCCGCCAGGCGAUUCAAAGCGAGAACAACCAGACCUUUUUGACACGCGUGGGCCGUAUCUUCGGUGAGGCUCUGCUCAUGAAGAAGGUGCCCAACAUGCAAAUCGCCUCUUACAUGGCCGUCACGGUUGUUGCAGCCAAGGGGACCUUUGAAGACGCGGCUCUGUCAGCAUUCAUGGAGCAGAUUGUGCAGGGUUGGACGACCGAGACUGUGCGGCCCGGACUAGUGACUUUGUGCAUCCUUGCGCAAUACCGAUCUGCUAAGCAGUUGUCCGCCAAGGUCACCAAGGCUCUCCUGAAAGUACAGAACCUGGGCGAAAUUCUGGUGGAGUUGGGCCAGGAAAGACGAGUUGACAAGAUGACCAACGGUCUUUGCAUUGCCUUCAUCGAGAGGCUGUGCAAGAAGGGCGAUGCUCGUGGUCUCCCGAUUAUCCGCGUUAUCCUGAUGAGCCAGAUUCUGAAGCACAAACAGGUCGCUGUCAUUUUCAAGUCCCUGGUCUUGGCUGCCCACCGAUUGGACGACGAGGUGGACAAGAACGGCGAAAUCCGUAAGGAGCUUGGCUCGACCCUGAUUGACCUUUCCCGCUUCUCGGGCGAAACGAGCGAGAUCAUCCAAACCGUUCUUGAAGAGGUCGAUUUCGACGUGGAGGAGUUGGAGAUGAAGCUGGAUGUCUCAAUCAGGCAGAAGAAGGCACUUCCCGAAACCCAGGACGAUGUCGAUAUGAACGGCACCAACGCACUUGCCCCAACGAAGGAAAACUUGCACCAGACUAUCCGGGAGCUCGCUGUUCAGAAGCGCACCCUCCCGUCUUGCCUCUCUACCAGCCCGGGAGAGGUUUACGACGAAUUCAGCCAGCUCUUCCUCCGUGUCGUCUCGCAGCAAUCCGAGGAUCCGACUCUUCUUGCCAACUUUGACGAGUUGCCCUCCCUUAGCCACCAAACCGCCGUCAGCGACCACACCUACAUCACAUUCUUCGUUCGCAUUUGGUCCGGCCCAUACCCAACGCUCGCUCGUGCUGCUGCCGUGGACGCCGUCAAGAAACGUCUUAGUGAUGGGGAUGGAAAUGAUCUCGACUUCCAAGCCCUCAUCCCUUACUGCCUCAUCGCUCUGGUCGAUUCCUCCAAGAAGGUCCGCCGGGCUGCUGCGGAGCUGCUGAUUCAGCUUGGCCAGAUCUUCCCUCCUCAGUCGAAGGCGGCAAAGAAGUCUGUCUGGGGCGGAAAGAAUGUCUAUGAAGACAGCGCCAAGCUGCACUGGAUGGACGCUGAUGCAGUCUCCCGCCUGCUCCACGGUGUUAUUCUUCCGUCGAUCGAGGAAUGCAUCAUGCAUGAAGACUAUAUCCGCGCCAUCUUGCAUUCUUCUCUCGACAGCAGUGCCAAGUCAGAGAGCGGCGAGGGCAAGAAGAUUCUCACUCAAGCAAACAGAAUUGCUAUUCUUUCCUUCCUUGCCAGCCACAUCGUUGCGACGCCUCUUCUCCGGGUCAAAUCCAACCUUCUCUCUAUCCUGAACCGGAUUAAGGGAGUGUCAUCCACCUCAAGGACCAAGGUACUUCUGCCUGCAUUCAAAUGGUGGGCAGCGUUGUCAGCAGAUGAGACUGUUCGUCUUUGCGACGCUGAGGAGGUCGACCAAUCCUUGCUCCACACCAGAUUCGCCGAGAUUGUUGUUCCAAACGACAGCGACGGACUCGAAUGCCUUCUUUCUACUAUGAAGAACCCCGAGUCUGCGAAGCGUCCUGAGCUUGUCAGGUCUAUCUCGGCACGCAUACGUGCCAUUUGGAACUCCAUGAAGGCCGACACUAAGUUCGAUGUUGCACAGACGAUGUUGCAGCUCUCCCAGGCUCGGCAAGCAUCUCAGGACGAUGAGGAUAUCAUUGCCGACGAGGCUGCCGAUUUCCUCAGAAAUGUUGACCUCACCACAGAGAUUCUGUCUUCUUUCCUCGAGUCAAUCCAGACUGGUACGAAGCUCAUUACUGAGCCGCCACCAAACAAGAGGCGCAGGACGAGCUCCUCUGAGGCCAACCGUGGAACAAGUGCUCAAGCCAGCGCUGAAUUGAGCGCAACCCUGAGAUCAGUGACUUUUGUUCUUCAACUCGUCGAGGGUUCCAACCCGGCUUCUCACCCAGAGCUCCUUGAUAGCCUUUUUGGCACUCUAUCCGAGUUGCAGCACUUCCGAACCGUGAUCGGAUCUGAGCUGGGAUACCUGCAGAACCUGGUUCUUAAUAGCUUGAUUGCUAUGGUACCUGCCUACAGAGAGAAUAAGAGCUUGAAGAUCGACAGCUCAGGUGGCCAUGGUGACCUGCUCGUCAACUGCAUCCAGAAGUCCUCUAGCCCUAUUGUGCAGAACUCUGCCCUUCUGCUGAUCGCCAGCUUGGCAACGGCCGCCCCUGAUUUGGUUCUUCAUAGCGUGAUGCCCAUUUUCACUUUCAUGGGUGCCUCUGUCCUGCGCCAGAACGAUGACUAUUCUGCUCACGUGGUCAACCAGACCAUCAGAGAGGUUGUUCCGCCGCUCAUGACGUCGCUGAAGAAGGGCAAGCGCAACCCGGUUGCUGGUGCCACCGAGCUUUUGGCAAGCUUUGUUACUGCGUACGAACACAUCCCGGCUCACCGCAAGCAAGGUUUGUUCAUCGCUCUUGUCAACACUCUUGGCCCUGAUGAGUUCCUGUACGCCCUGCUGGCUAUGCUGGUCGAUAGGUACGGCCCCAGCGAUAGCCUCAUGGCGUUUGCUUCUGAGCUGCUCGGUGUCUACAGCGCGGAGGUACAGCUUCAGACUCUGGCGAAGCUCUUGGACUUGAUCAGCGACAUCUUCAAGCCUAAGCCGGGCUUGUCAGCCACUCUGCUUGGCGUCGGCGAAGACAUGUCCGAGAAGAAGCCCGAGACCACGGCCCUCCAACAGCUGACUGUGUUCCCUGCUCUGCUGUCUAGCAGAAAGCUGCGGAAAGAAGUUGGUAUUCUCACAGAGAAGGACGACAUGGAUGCCUCCAAGAUUCGAGAGCUCUAUGCAAUCCUUCUGCGAGACGUCCUUGCUCUUGCCGAGACUGUCAAGCAGCAGAAGCCUCUUCACGAGUGCUGCGGCAAUGCCCUUGCCAACCUUCUCAACCUUCUGUCCAUCGGCGAGUUUAUCAAGUCAGUGGAAACUCUCUUGGAUCGCACAGAGAUCGAUCUCAGACGCAAGGUUCUUCGUGCCCUCGAGGUCCGCGUGGACCAGGAGAAUGUCGCGAAUGUCACAUCCAGAACCGCCCUCCUCGCCUUCCUCCCACAGCUCACUGCUGCCAUCCGCGAUACGGACGACAUCAAGUACAAGCACACGGCCGUGGCCUGCGUCGACAAGAUUGCAGAGAAGUAUGGAAAGAAGGACGUCGAGGCCGUGGCUGCGGCAGCCCAGACUAUUGCUGGAGUCCACUGCCUCGGUCAGCCGGAUAUUCGCCUCCGUGUCAUGUCUUUGCUCUGCCUUGCUUCUCUUGUUGACGUUCUCCAAGACGGCAUCCUGCCCGUACUGUCUCUCGCUGUCCCCCAAGCAAUUCUUUACAUCCAGCAAAGCGUGGAGCUGGACGAGCCGGCGACCGAGUUGCACAACGCCAGCUACUCUUUUAUCACAGCCCUGGCCCAACACCUGCCAUACAUGAUUUCUGGCAAGUACCUGGACAACAUCCUGCUUGCCUCCAACAAGUCUGCCGAAGCCGAUGUGGAUGAUGAGGCCGAUGACGAACGCCUGAACUGCCUGAGGUUCCUUGCGAGAAAGGUUGAUGCCAAGGUCAUGCUCGCCAGCUUAGAGAAGAACUGGAUCCCUGCCACUGAAGCUGGUUACAAUGCAACCGAUGAAUGGGUGGAUAUCUUCAGUGUCAUCGUGGAGAGUCACACCAAGUCCGUCGUCACCAAGAAUGUCACCACUCUGUCUACCAUUCUCCUGAGCGCCUUGGAUCUACGGAGACGCGAGCAGGCAACGGGCAAGCUCACCAGCGCAACUUCCCAACGCGUGGCCAACAUCGAGGCGUCCAUCAACGACGUGGCGCUGUCCAUCAUUUACAAGCUCAACGACGCUGCUUUCCGGCCCAUCUUCGCCCAGAUGGUUGAGUGGUCUACACAACUGCCCAAGCAAGACAUCACUGGACGGGUGCUCCGCCGCUUCAGCGUUUACGGCUUCUUCUUGCGCUUCUUCGAGAGCUUGAAAUCGAUCGUCACCAGUUACGCGACCUACAUUGUGGACGAUGCCGUCGAAAUCGUCAAGUCCUGCGACCUCACUGUGCCCGAACAAAAGGGGCUUUGGCAGAGAGUGCUCUCCACUAUGGCGAGAUGCUUUGAGCAUGACCAGGACGACUUCUGGCAGGCCCCUGCACACUUCGGCAAGGUUGCGCCGGUCCUGGUCGACCAGUUCCUCCACGCUUCCUCCAUGGACUUGACCGCCGAGCUUAUGCCCGCGAUCGUGGAGUUGGCUGCCGCUGCGGACUCUCAAGACCACCAGAAGGAGCUCAACAGCUCCAUUCUCCGUCACCUCCGUUCGGAACAGGCUGCAGUACGUCUGGCGGCUGUCAAGUGCCAGCAAGAACUCGUUGUCAAGCUUGGAGAAGAGUUGCUGCCAGCCCUACCUGAGAUGCUGCCGUACAUCAGUGAGCUCCAGGACGAUGACGAUGAGGUCGUUGAACGGGAGACGCACCGGUGGAUUCACAAGAUCGAAGGUGUCCUUGGCGAGAGUCUGGACUCCAUGCUGCAAUAA